AGAGUUAAAGAACAAAGACACGGGCCUCGACCUGAGUGUUCCAACGCACAAAGUCAUCCCCGGUUUAAUACGAAGCACGGUAGAGUACCAUGUGGUUGUGGUGUCCGAGCUGCAUUUUUUCAAGUCUCCGAAACACCGAGAGACAGAUGUUGUCCAGUACAUGAUUCCAAAGUUGUUCAAAGAUUUUGAAGAGAUGUAUGAAAAACUGGACCAGUGUUUUUCCGGCACCGCCCUUCCUCCGUUGCCUGGUAAAAAGGUUCUCAUGAACGACAGUGCCAUUACAGAGAGGAGGGUGAAGCUGGACGGGCUGCUGAAGUUUUUAGCUCAGACUCCAAAGUUAUGUACCUCCCCCAUUUUGCUGGAGUUUUUAGGAGUGAAUUCCAUCAAGGCAGGGAAGUACAGAAAGGGUGAAAUGAAGGGGGGAGGAGAGGAGGGCAAACAAGAGGCAGAAGAGGAAGAAGAUACAGCUGUAAAUGAAGACUCCGAGUCACAAAAACAAGGACUGUUUGGGGAGGAAGAUGAAGAAGACGAGGAAGAUGAGUUGUUUGGGAAUCAGCCUGGAAGAAAAAACACGGACUCAGAUUUGUUCUCUGAUACUGCAGCAGACACCGAAGAGUCAAACAAGUUAUUUGAAGACCCAGACCUUGGAGGUGGCAUUAUAGAGGGUGAAGCAGAUGACCUAUUUUUGGUGGCAGGUGCAGAGGUCAAGGUCACUCCUCAGCAGACGAUAGUAGAGGAUAAUUCAGAUUUAUUAAACAUUGAAGACGAUCUUGAUCAGUUGAUGAAAGUAAGCUCCAAAAAACCAAAGCCAAAACCAGAUAUAGCAACCAAACCAUCCUUAGCAACCAAACCAGCAUUAGCAACCAAACCAGCAGUAGCAACCAAACCAGCCAUAGCAUCCAAACCAUCUGUGGCCAAGAAUACAAAGCCAGUUUUACCGGCAAAGCCAAAGCCAGGAGCAGAUUCGAAGCCACAGUUGUCAGCUUCCAAAGAGGAGGAUUUAUUUUCUGCUCCGGAUGUGUCUUCAGAUAUGGGUACAGAUGACAUUAUGAAGUAUAUUGAAAGCCAGACAUCUCAAUCUGAAGCUGAUUUGGACUUGUUUUCAUAAU